UCUCCACUUGCAGCAACCUCCACGUGGUGAGACCUGGUAAUCGGUAUUACUCGCGACAAAGAAUCAUUUGUUGAUCUUUUGUAAGGCGUAAUAGGGAGUAAUAGCGAGCUAAUGGCUGCAAACUUGUAAUAAGAUCUUUAGAUAUAAAAAGUAGGGUAAAGAGUUACAAAUAUAACUUCUAACUCUUUCCUACCUCAUUCUACUUGAAAAUGUAGUAUUUACAUGCUAUUAGGGUUACAUUUGAUUUUCAAAUAGUUCGUGAAUACCUUAAAAAUAAUACAAUUCUUUCGAAACCUAGAUGCUUUAUACAUUAUCCUCUACAAUUUAAACAAAGCGCCACGGAAAUCCCGUUCGCAUAACCGUCCUCAACGCCGUCUUGGGGCCCCCUGACCCAAAAUGAUAUUCGAUACGAUCAUUGAUCGAAACGAACCACAAGAUAGGUAUCCUUCUGUUUGAAAGUUGGUCCUCGAUCGCAUGUUGCGCGCGUCAGAUGGCGCGAUGAGGCCGGACGACGUGACGAUUCGAUUGGCAGAGAACGACUCGCGAUCGUCGCGUGGAUUGGCCCCUAGAUCGCGAUCGAAAGAUCUCCACGAAUCCUGCGAGAGUUUUAUUAGGUAGGAGCGGCGUGCAGGGGCUGGGACGUAAUGCAAUCGGUGUGAUCGGUGCCGGUAACGUUGGGGCUCGUGUGGUGCACAGCAGCGCAGCAGUUUCGGUGCCAUUGUCAUCGUCUUUGACGGGAAAGCGGGGAACGAUCUCUCGCGAAACAGAUUUCGCGCGUAUGCACGUAUCGCACGAUAAUACGUGCGUCGACAGGAGUACUGUGUGCCAGUGUGCGCGGGUUCGUGUUCGAUUUGGUGCGUGUAUGCGAGGACAACCGCGUGCGGGCGGUUCCCACACGUCCGUGCAACAAGUGUCAUUACACAGAAGCGCGGCAGAAGAAAACCGUCCGUUCCGAGGAAACGUAAUAGAGACGCCGUGCAUGGUGGUCCGUUCUUCGUUCAGAGGACAGAGAGAGGACCAUCGGCGAGGAUGGGCUGCGCCGUGAGCACCACCGGCGAAAAAGAAGCCGCGGAGAGGUCGAAGAAGAUCGACAAAGAUCUUCGAGCCGAUGGCGAGCGGGCAGCCAGCGAGGUCAAGCUCCUCCUGCUCGGAGCGGGAGAGUCUGGAAAGUCUACUAUAGUGAAACAAAUGAAAAUUAUACACGAGACUGGUUAUAGCAAAGAGGAAUGCGAACAAUAUAAACCAGUGGUAUAUAGUAACAUGAUUCAAAGUCUAAUGACAAUAAUUAGAGCUAUGGGACAACUUAGAAUUGAUUUUGCAGAUCCCAAUAAAGCGGACAUAGCACGCCAAUUCUUUACCCUAGCUUCUGCAGCAGAGGAGGGUGAGCUAACUGGGGAACUGGUGCUAUUAAUGAAACGAUUAUGGCAGGAUGCAGGAGUACAGCUUUGUUUCACACGUAGUAGAGAAUACCAGCUCAAUGAUUCGGCAGCGUAUUAUCUUAAUGCUUUAGAUCGCAUAGCUCAACAUAACUAUAUUCCUACUCAACAAGACGUUCUCAGAACGCGUGUAAAAACGACAGGAAUAGUAGAAACAAACUUUUCUUUUAAAGGUUUACAUUUUAAAAUGUUUGACGUUGGCGGUCAACGAUCAGAGAGAAAAAAGUGGAUUCACUGCUUUGAAGGCGUUACCGCUAUUAUCUUUUGCGUCGCGCUUAGCGGCUACGACUUGGUUUUGGCAGAAGACGAAGAAAUGAAUAGAAUGAUAGAAUCGAUGAAACUAUUUGAUUCUAUUUGCAAUAGUAAAUGGUUUCUCGAAACGUCGAUCAUUUUAUUCUUAAAUAAGAAAGAUCUUUUCGAGGAAAAAAUCACGAGGAGCCCGUUGACUAUUUGUUUCCCAGAAUAUAAAGGUGCAAACACGUACGUAGAAUGUGCUGAGUAUAUUCAAAUGAAAUUCGAAAAUUUAAAUAAAAGGAAAGAUCAGAAACAAAUUUACACACAUUUCACAUGCGCCACCGACACGCAUAACAUACAGUUUGUAUUUGAUGCUGUAACCGACGUUAUUAUCAAAAACAAUUUGAGUAAUUGCGGUUUAUUGAGUUAAACGUUCCAAUACUUGUUUCAAUUGGAAAUGAUAGAUCGAUAUCUAAGGUUUACGAACCUAUGCGAAAGCACAAAGGAUACACGUGAGACUGAACAAUAAUAGUUACAGACGAAAAUGUUCGGAGUCUGCUAACAUGUAUGCCAAUUGUGUAACAUUUUCACUUUGGCAUCCUAUUUACAAUAUUUACGUUUAGCAUUAUGUAACGAAUUACUAGAUUCUAUAUUUCUCGAUUAAAUGUUUCUUUUUUUUGUAUGUAAAACUUCGUGACACUUUCUCGCAAUGGGAUAGUUUUUAACUUAUUGAUCUGUCUUAAAUAAUGGUCGAUAUUAACCUAAAAGGAUCAAACAUUCAAGAAUUGCAAAAUUCAUUUUUAAAGGUAAAAGCAGAUACUAUUUGCAAAUGAAAAGACACUCGGUUUCUGCUAACUGUAUUUAGUAUAUUAACCAGAAACUAGUUAGCUAUUACUUUAGCGAUAUCUUUUUGUAUAUAAUUUAUUUGCUAAAAGGACUAUGUCUCUGUUGAAUGGAUCUACAUUUCUAUAAUCGUUUUCGAAAUCAAUCAUUUCUCUCGCAAAUGUUUAUAUUUUAAUGACAGACACAGUUCUCUGUGUUUACAGUAUAUAUACAAAUCAAAUUUGAUAAUAAAUUUUUGUAAUACCUUUUUUAUACAUAUUACUAGAUAAUGUUUAACGAGCUGUCAUUAUUGCUCUACCUGCCAAACGAAUGACAAUGCUAGGAUUAGUUACAGAUUUAGAGAUCAGUCUCAUUAUACUGCUGAAAUAAAUAAACAAACAUUUUUUAUAAAAGUCAAUAUUUUUUUACAUUCCUGUGCUUCGUGUUAUUGUGAAAUGUAUGUGAAUCUCUUUCGUUAAUCUAUCGUUAAAUUUGUAGUUUAGUCAAAUUUUGGAAAGGAGCAAUAAGAUAACUAUUAUGAGUAUUUGGAAAACGUGCAUUAAUUACAAGACAUGUUUUACCGAAGCCCUCUCUAUUUACACUUUCGUUCAAAUUUAAUACAUAAUGUAAUGACAAACGUUCUUAAAAUCAUGUAUUUUCAUUGUUCUUUUCAAAUUGAACAUUUUGCGUGUCUUGUAGCAUGAUCAUUUCGUAAAGUAUAACAGGCGCGUAUGACGUACUUAUUAUUUCAAAUCUUGCAAGGUAAUUAAGAAUGCUUUCUUCGUUGUGUAAACAGAAUCUCGAUUUACUUCUAUCUUGUAUCAAUUUUUAUAUGUAUAUGUACAAUAAUACAAUACAUGAAGCUACAAAAUAAAUAUAGUAUUGAUUUUGUUCUUUCUAAGAGUGUUUUGAAUUGGAAGUAUAUUACUUAAUAUUUUUACGCUACCAUAACAAUCUCUUAUAUUUGCUAUUAUUCAUUGUAUUACUAUUAACUUAAAAGAAUAUUGCUUGGUCAACGAUUGUAUAUAUUUUAUACAUACAAUACAUAUAUGGAGAAUAUUUUAUAAGAAUACUGUUAUCUGAGUAUUAUUUUCCUUAUUAUUAUAACCAGUAGUAAACUUAAGUCACGCGUUUAACUUUAAUUCUCAAAAAUUAUGUUAACUAUCAAUGUUGUCUUUUGUAUUUUUUUUUUUUUAUUUAGAAAAAUAUGAUAAGAUGCAACAAGAAACAGACGUAGUCAGUAAACAGUUUUAACGUUGAUUCUAUAUAAAUUAAUCUAUCAUAGAAGUGUAACUGUUUCGGGGCUUGUUUGUUCAAAAUGCAGGAUACAACAAUAAUAAUAAUGACAUUCUAACAUUCCGCCAUUAUACAUUUU